UUCACAGCAUUACAUCGUGGUCGUCGUGUCGUGUCGUGUUGUGUCGUGUCGUGUCGUGUUGUCGUGUCGUAUCGUGUCGCAUCGUGUCAUCAACAUAAUAUGCGAGAAACAUUCUCUAUCAUUAACGAAUUAAUAGCAUCGAGUCUUUUCCGCUUUAACGACUCGUCGACUCCAUAUUAUCGACUGUGAGCGUCAUAUUGUGCUUCGAUUUGUGUGGUAAUGCCUGUUAUCUAAUUUUCUAAUUAACGACAACGUGUUGUUACGGUUUGCUCGUUUCACUCGUUAUUCGAUGCGAAAGAGAGGGGCGUUGUUAUCAAUUCUUGAUACUUCGAUAAACAUGGGAGGAGCUGUGAGCAGUGGACAGGACAAUGAUGAAUUAGUGGACAAUUUAAUGGUAUCGGGAUAUAUCAGAACAAAGAUGGUAGAGCAAGUUUUUAGAGCUGUGGAUAGAGCCGAUUAUGUUCUAUCCUUUUGCCGAGAAAGUGCUUACAAGGAUCUAGCAUGGAAACAUGGAAAUAUACACUUAUCAGCUCCCUGUAUAUACAGCGAAGUAUUGGAAGGACUCAGUUUAGAACCAGGCUUAAGUUUCCUAAAUCUUGGAUCGGGAACUGGCUAUCUCAGCACAAUGGCAGGAUUGAUAUUACAACAACAUGGAACAAAUCAUGGCAUCGAAUUGCACGAAGAUUGUUUAAAAUACGCAUACGAAAGAUUGGAAGAGUUUAAGCAAAAGUCUUUGGCUCUAAAUGAGUUUGAUUUUUGUGAACCAAUAUUCGUGCAAGGAAAUUGUCUCAGUGUCAUACCUGGCAGACAAUACGAUAGAGUAUACUGCGGAGCAGCAUGUCCUGAAAGUCAUGAAGUAUUUAUUAAGCAAUUUGUACGUAUUGGAGGUAUAUUGGUAAUGCCUUACGGAGAUCAAUUGUUACGCGUAGAAAGAAUAGAUGAGGAUAUCUGGACACAGGACACAAUGCUUCCUGUAUCGUUCGCAACUCUAGUCAUACCUCCAGCCUCAGAACACAAUUUAUUUCAUCUACCGGAAUGCAAUCCUCUACCUCUGCAAGAGUUAUGUCGUGGUAGGAUUCGACAUUAUUUACGUCAAAAUAUCUGGCGCGAACAUCCUGAUCUCGAGACCGAGAAGCCUGUAGUACCGGUGCAGCAAAGACAGGCUCUGCAACAACGUACCCUCAGACGUUUCGUAAUACCCAUCUUCGAGGAAUCUGAUGAGGCCUUAACCGACGACGAACAAGAAAUUGGACGAGCGCGUUUCUUGUUGAAUGCGCGUCUCGCUGAUGCACAUCCUGGAGAAGCUAUUACGACGACUUUGCAAUUAGUACGAGCCGUAAUACAACCGAAUCAGAACGAUCAGAACGAAGAAAAUCAACGAGUUUCGAGCAACGUUAGCGAAGAUACUCGAGACGCAGCUGUGACCACGAGUUUUCAGAUACGUCAACAAAGGCGAAGAUCAUCCGUGAGGAAUUCAACUUCAAGUACAAGCCCAGAUGGCAUAAGCGCCGCAGGACACAGUUCCACUACUGUAACUGCGGAUAUAAACGACAAUGAGGAGAACGAAAGAGAUGCAGGAAAAUCGGCAACCGCGUAUUCUAACAUGAGUGACAGCGAGAGUGAUGCCGAGCAGGAGAACGCUUUCAUGCAACGCAAAAAAAUCGCGAAACGCGAGAAGACGGAUAGCGGUAUAGUGGACGAUAUGAAUUUUAGUAAUGAGGACGGUAGUUCUAGCUCAAACACCAAUCACUCCGAUUCCGAUAUUACGGAUACAACGGACACGGGCGAUGCGAUGGACGUGGAGCUACCAGACACGGCUUACAGCUCUUGUAGAAGUACAUACGGCUCUCGCUCCACGUCGAAAGAAUUUACCUCCCGCAAAAACGCAACUGUCGUGCACUUUGUAGACAGUAAUGCGUUCGCUGUUUACAUGAGGGAAAAGAUACAACAGUUACCAUUGCCUUUUUCAAUAAAGCUGUACAUGAAUUAUAAUCGUAAGUUAUAAGCGCAUCACAUUAUUCUUAUUAAAAAAAAAAAAAAUAUAUCACAUUUAUUACGCAAUGAUUUUACACUGUUUUUUUUUUCUCUCGUGUAUGCAUUUCGCGAACUUGUAUAAUCUAUAGCGAGUUCCAUCAUCCCGAAUGAUGUUUUUAAUACAAAUUCCAAUCUCGAGCUAUUAUGUUUUGUGUAUCUUACGAUGCCACUUAAUCGCUACUGAUAUACCUUAUGUCGUUUGCAGAUAAGGAAUCCUCGACAUAUGACCUUUUGCCAAUAUUGAGUUAUCCUAUUAUCACCCCUACACCCCAAAUUUUUUUUUUUUUUCAUUCUAUCGAUAUUGUUAUUUUAUUGAUAUUAUAUUGAUAUUAUUUGCCUUUAUGUAACAAGUAGAAAAACAAAGUGUAUAUAAAAUUAAGAUAAUUAGGAAUAAGAUUAUUAGAAAAAUUUUUUAAGAUAUCCCAGUUUUUUGAGUUACAUAUUACUUGAUAAACUUUACAAAAUAAAUCUCGGCGCCAAGAUCAAAUGCGAUGUUUUAAAAAAACGUAUCUCAAAAUUUUGUCAAUUCUGAACUGCCAAGGAUAUUGAAGAAUUGGAUAUAAAAAAAUAUGGGAACAUAUAUGAUAUAAGAUUUUUUUUUACCGAUUCGAAACGGGAAACAAGCGGGAUUGUAUAAAGUAACGAAGCUUGAAUAAACCACCCGCAGAAAAAUCGUAAGCCAUAUUACGAAAGUUUCGUUUCUUCACACUAUUUUUACGAUUCAACAAAGGUAUAUAAAUCUUUGAGAUGGCGCCAAAA